CCAGCCGGCCAAGUUCAAGCAUGCUGCGACUUUGUGAACACACUCCGUUCCGCCCCGGACGCCACCCACGGUCCAACACCCGUACUCGACCACGAUGCUCGCCCGGCUUGUUCUCUUGCUUGGCCUCGCCAUGGCUGCUGCCUUGCCGCGCCUCGCGCUGCCCAUGACCCGCCUUCCGCGGGCACUCAGCACCGCCACCUCUACCGUCGCGAUUCAGAACCACCUCGCGACGCAGUACAUUGUUCGCGUCACCAUCGACGGCAAGGACUACAACGUCCAAGUCGACACGGGCUCGGCGGAUCUCUGGGUCGCAUGCACGGCGGUCUCGAGCGCUUCGUGCGUCUCGCCGUGCCCCGCCGGCGGCGUGAGCAUCUACUAUGGCAGCGGCGACGCGUGCCUCCUUCCCAAGCGCGGCGCCGUGGCGCUGGGCAGCCUCGCCCUCGCCGACGGCGUCUACGGCAUUGGCAUGGCCAACAACGUGCUCACGAACGCCACGAACGGCAUCCUCGGCCUUGCGUACCCGGUGCUGUCGACGUUCAACACGACGUCCAACGCGUCGUACCUCAUGAGCCACCUCGAGAGCUUUAGCAUGUUCUUGACGUCCGUGCCAGACGCGUCCGGGUCGUCCUUGAUCCUUAACGGCGUCGACGAUGCGCUCAUUGCCAAGCAGAGCUUGGUCGGCGUCACGGUCCCGCUUGCACCUAACCAAACGUCGCACUGGAACAUCCUUCUCGAGAGCUAUAGCACCAACGACAACAGCACAGCGCCGUGCAAGAACACCGUCCACGGCUGCAUCGCGGUCGUCGACUCGGGCACGACCUUUCUCUCGAUGCCCCGCUUCCUCUUUGUGCAGUUUGCCUCGACGCACCUUCUGCCGCAGCAGUGCAUGUGGCAAGCAUCCUACUACGUUUGCCCCAAAGACGUUCAACUGCCGCGCAUUGGGCUCAAGAUCCACGGCACGACCUUUUACCUCAACGCGUGGGACUACUCGAUGGUGUUUUCCGAGACCCAAAUUCUCAUCCAGCUCCAAAUGACGCCGCCCGGUGGCUCGUCCGGCGACCGCUGGAUCAUUGGCGACACGUUCCUCAAGGUCUACUACACGUCGUACCUCGUGCGUGAGCAAGCCGUCACGUUCUACUGCGCGAAUGGCAACUGCGGCGGCGGCGCCAACAUCCUCGACUUCUCCGGCAAGUCGCCGAGCUGGGCACUGGGACUCUUCAUCGGCGGCGGGUGCUUGAUCGGUCUCGCGCUCAUUGCCUUGUUUGUGUACCGCUGCAAGAAGCGGCGAGCGGCGGCGGCGACGGCGUACGUCCACCAAGAUGAAGUCUAGAGUAGUACAUAGCACGCAUAAAAUGUUGAUCUAUUCCAAUUGUAAAUUUUCAC